UCAAACAACUUUCUACAUUAAAAAACAAUAAAGUACAUUUUAAAUUUGAACAAUAAUAGCCACUUUUCCCGCAUGGUUGCUGUUACUCUUCAGCCACUUGCAGCUUUCAUUUCGUUUGCAUUUGAGUUUGCAUUUGCAUUUCAUGUGCAUUUCAUUUGCUGUUUGCAUUUGCUGCCCAUUGCAGCCUCAUUUCAACCUCAUUUCAUCAACAUUGCAGCUCAGCUUGCUGCACAUUGUUGCUGUCAUUUUACAGCUUCAUUUUCACCAUAUUUGCAGCUAAAUUGCUACCAUAUUUGCUGUCAAAUUGCAACUUCAUUUGCUGUCAAUUUCCAGCCUCAUUGCUGCCAUUUCAUGGCAGUUUCAUUUCUUCAUUUCUGCAGAUUUGAUUGCCACGUUUCUAGCAAUAAUUCCAACACAAACUUUGCAGAUCAGCUCCUAUUUCUCGUUGCAGCCAGCAACCCACAACGACCACUCUAAGAAAUUGUAAGGGUAAUAACGAGCAAUCUAGAAAUGAAGAUCAAGUCUAUAAUCAUCAUUUAAUUAAGAAGGUUUUGAUAUUCAGUAUUAAUUAACUCGUGGUUUCGUUUCCUUUCCUCCAAAUGAAGAUGAUAAAGAAAAACGUCUGCAGAAGAAAUCUCUCAUUUCCCCAAUCAACAAAAGUUUUGUUA